UUCGGUGUUUAUGUGCUCGUAUGUACGCCGGGUGUGGUCUCUCGACUGGACAGCAUUACGUUCGCGUUGUUUACGACAUAAGGCGACCUCCACAAAUAUGUGACCGGAUCUACGGUGCGGACGUGGGUGUGCUCCGCUAGACCUCUUCGCGAUUUUUAAAUCGAAUCAUUUUACUGUCCUUGCAUCUUCCUACCAGGAUGGACAUUCUUACGUUCUCGGAUACCACGGAUAAGGGAGAAAGAUGGCUGUGUCCUUGAAUGGAACCUUCCCUUUUUUUUUUUUUUUUUUUCACUUUUUCUUCUCUCGUCAUCGGUUUUUGACAAAAUUUCGAAGAUGACAAAAAUUGUCGAGAUAACAAUUGAUCAUUUUCUUCCGAGAUACUUAUAUAGAAUUCCCUUGAACUAACAAUAGAUUUUGGUCUUGUUCCUAAGGGCAUUAUCAUUAAUUCACGCCUAGCAGUUCUUUAAUCUUUCUUAUAUCCACACCCUCUUUUUCAAAGCGUCGACGUUAUUCUAUUCUCUGAUUAUCCACGCUUUUGACUCGGCUAUCCUCGCCUACGAGCCAUCUCACGAGCCCUUCCCACGUAGUACGUGCACGUUGUCCAGUCGUUGGUAGCGCGAAAACAAAUAGACAUCCGUGAGAUGGCUUCGGAUUCGCUGCUGCUCCUUCUCGCAAGAGAGAGAGAGAGAGAGAGAGAGAGAAAGGGUAUGAACGAGAUACACGGCCGAUUGUCUCCACCUACACACUCCUGCUCGCGUUCACGAGCUUUUCCAACGACGAAUGACCCUGUAAAGAUACCCUUUAAAGGAUCGAAUCCACUAGCACGCUCGCUAAACGAACUCUUGGAUUUUCUUUUUUACGAGUUCGAUGACCUUCGACGGAAUCAUUAAACGCCCUCAUAAAAAUCAACGUCGUAGUUACUAUCGAGAAAGGUAUACCCUUGUAGUAUCGAAAGCGAAGAUCCAAGAAUCUCAUAGGUAAAUGUUCGGCUAAAGAUAAAUAUCAAUUCGGCUUUAAUUCGCUAGAAGAUUGGUCACGCCCCCAAGCGUACUUUACACAGAGAUCGGCAUUAUAUACUAUUUGCGGGUAAGAAAGUACCUUGCAUCGCGAAGUACAAGUGUUAUGUCCGGGUCAGGUACAGUGAAUAACGCCAAGGACGAGGGACGCGUGAUUUUAUUACGUUUAGGACGAAAGAUAUUCGUCCGUUUGCUAUUGGUUUGGUAUUGAGGGGGAAAAAGAAAAGAAAAGAAAAGAAAAGAAUGUAGCUAACUGAUUUCAAUUUGUGCAAAGACGUACAGUAUGUAUACGUACUUCUAUCAAGGACGAACGAAUUAUCUUCUUCUUUCUCUUUUCGGUCUGGUCCGGUUCGAUCAUUUUUAUAUUCGAAAAUGUACGUUUAUCCAUCGGCCACAUUCUUCGAUUUAAGUACAAAUUUCUUUAAAUCUAUUUUCUUGAAAUGAAAAUAAAAAAGAAAAGAACGGAUAGAGAAGAGUUGUUUCGUCCGAUAUUUUAACAUUCUCAUUUGCAUUUGGAUUUUAUAGUUACGUAUGUAUAGCAACUUUUGGAAACGUUAAUGGCACCGUUGGUGGCCCAUGAAAGGUAGACGUAUGUAAGUAUGUAAGUAUGUAAGUACUUACCUACGUGCGGCUUUACAAUGAAGGAAAAUAAAAUAAAAAAUCCCUUAUACUCGUCGUUAGCAAAAGUCAUACCGAACGACCUCGGGAAAGCUGGUAGAGUAAAGGAACUCGAGAAAAAGAUCAGACUAUGUCCUUCUUUUUCUCCGGUUUGCGGUUUAACAUGAUAGCCGAGCGCUUUAAAACCCAAAUAAAUGAUUAUCUUGUAAAAGAAAAAAGAAGAAAGUUAAAGAAAUAUCGCGAAUAAAACACGACGUAGAAAAUUUUUGGUAAUGUUCAACGUUAAUAUCAAUUAAACGAACAAUCUCGUCAAGAUAAUUAAUAUCUAUCUUAACUCUUAAUAGAAAGUUUCGGAAGGAUGUGAUAAAUUAUAUAAUAGGAUAACUCGCGUGGCUCCGUUUAACCAUUAUCGAUCCGAAGCGUAAUUAUAACUUCGUAAUACCUUCAUUAGGCUCCCUUUAUCGCCAUUUUAAUCGUCAUUAUUGUUGCUUGCUAUUUCGAGAGGGAAUACAAGUUAAUGUGAUAACAUUAAUUUAGUAUCGAGUGUAUUAUAUAGCUACUAUUAGUAGAAAUGUUCUUGCUCUUGCUUUUAUCUUUCUUCUUCUUCUUCUUCUUCUUCUUCUUCUUCUUCUUUUUCGUCGUCGUCUUCGUCUUCGUCUUCGUCUUCGUCUUCGUCUUCGUCUUCGUCUUAUUUCUCCGUUUGACUGCCGGCAAAAGGCGACAAAGAAAAUCUAUACGCCAGUCUGGCGAGAGAGAGAGAGAGAGAGAGUGUGAGGGGAGAGGGGAGGAAGGGAGAAAGAGACAGAAUCUUCGAUCCCGGAUGGAGAGGGAUACCGAGAAGGAAGAAUUCGGUGAACGGAUCUCGUUCGCUUUUGUCCUUCGACUGAGGAUACCCCUGGUUCCUGGUUCAAAGUCAUCGUACUCGACUUCUUCUUGUCUCGACAACGUAUAUAAGUCAAAUCGAGAUCGAAAGCAAGGUGCAUAAUCCGAACAGUCCUUCGUCGAAGAAGGAGGUUGGAAGAGAAGCCGAUUUUGUUACAAGAUGCAACCAAUGAUAGUACUUCUGGCGAUUCUGAGCGUGGCCUCGUGCUCGCAGCUGACUCUAGUGCCGUACGCCUAUCUGGCGGAUCCACUUCCGGUGUACCAUCAGUCUCAGAACACGAGAACCGGGGAGCACGCGUACAGUUACUCCGGUGGACCCUCGGCAAAGGAGGAAGUCAAAGGUCCCGAUGGAGUCACGAGAGGAUCUUACAGCUACGUCGACGCUCACGGUAUCUUACAGUCAGUUUUCUACGUCGCCGACGAGGGUGGCUUCCGGGUUGCGGCGACGAAUCUACCGACGGAUAGCGAUCUGCCCGUUGAAACGGCAGAGGUUCUUUUAGCUAAGAGGGCACUAUUCGAGGAACAGGCAAGAGCCACCUCGUCGGAGCAAUCUUCGAGCGCUCGUCGAAAGCGUAGCUUAACCGAAGAGACGAAAAAAGAACAUCGGGAAGAAGAUUCGAAGAGCAACAAGCAAGAGGAUUAUUCGAACGAUAAACCCUACGGAGCGUUGGCAACUUUUCUACUUCCAGGAUCUUUAGCAACGGCAACGUCUCAUCAGAGUCAAGUUAGGAUUCAUCAGGACGUUCGUACGGAAGGUGUCGAUCCGAUUGCCAAUGCAGUCACCGUCGAGGCUGCUACCCCCGUUUUACCUCUUAUCGAUCCCAUUAAAUCGGAGGUGAUCAAAACUCCAUUGAUCAUAUCCGAUGGAUCGGUAGCCUUGCUAACCGACAACGAUUAUCAUCAAAAUCGUAUAAAGAUCCAUAGAAAUCUCGGAUUGGAGGGAGAGGAGGGACGCAAGGACGCUGUCAAGAUCGAAACGCCGGUACUCGCUGAAGUUCGUCCGCUCGUUUCUGAGCCGGUCGCGAUCCUGGAGCAUCGACCUUCCCUUCUCACGGCCGUUUCCUCUCAAAGCGUCACGCAGAUUCACCUAAGUGACAAGCACGAGAUUCCAAGUAUUUACGAGUUGCCUGCCCUUUAUCAUGCGAUCCCUAUCGCGAGAUCAUCGCAAUAUCGUACGCAGAUUCAUUCGAGUCAAAGAAUCGAAAGCGCCGACGAUUCGGAGAAUUUACGAGAGGAUAUCAAUAAAGAAAAGAGUCAAGACGAAGCAAUAGGAUCCUCAUUAACAGUUAAUCGAUUAAGCCGAUCUCUUCUUUAUGCUUUUCAGACGAUCCUGUUCAGCGUAUUGCUCGGUUCUUCCUUAAGCAGUCCAAUAGCAAAUGUUUGGGUCAGUCCCAUAGGAAGCAUCUCGCCGUUACGACAAUAUCACGUGCAAGAUGGAUCGGGAUCCUAUCGAUAUUCAUUCACGGGACCGCAUCACGCCAAGACGGAGUCUAAUCUGAAUGGAAUCACUCAGGGUGGUUAUUCCUACAUAGACGCUAAUGGAAUUCUACAAACCGUCUCGUAUACCGCGGACGAUCAAAAUGGCUUUAGAGUUAGCGCGAGUAAUCUUCCUGAAGCGCCCAAGAACGAGCAUGAUCAGAUCGAAGACACCCCGGAAGUAGCAGCAGCCAAGCGAAAUCACUUAGAGGAAUUGCAGAAAUCGCAGCUGGCCGAUCGACCGAACUGGAACGAUCAGAAUAUUCUAUCCUAUAAGAUCUUACCUCCGUAUGUCAGUUACGCACAGUUACAACCGUCCGAGAGUAAAAUCGUAGAACGAGAGAUUCAGAGCACGAAAAAUCCAUUUCUACUGUCUCAAGCGGAAGCCGACAACAUUCAAGUUCCAAAGCCGGAUCCAACGCUCUCUCAAGCGUCUCCAAGCUCAUUGAACGUUCGGGACACCUCGGCGAAGGACGAAGCACAAUCCGAAUCGGAUAAUCCGAAUGCAUUGGAGAUCGGAAAAUUCCUACAAAUGCCAAACGUUCAUAGGACCGUGGCAUUGCCUGCCCCAUACGUAUUCCCCGUUUUACCAUACAGGUUACUUCACAGCUCGCUUCAUCAUACUCAGGAUUCUUUGGGCCAAUACGAUUACAGUUACACCGGCGAUUCCAGUGCAAAAACGGAGUCAAGAUCCUUGGACGGAACUACGAGGGGUGCUUACAGUUACAUAGAUCCCAAUGGUAUUUUGCAACAAGUCCAUUACGUUGCCGAUCAUAAUGGGUUUAGAGUGCUUGCUACGAAUCUACCGGAAGCGAAAUAA